GUUUUAGAAGAGUUUGGCAUUAAAUACAUCUUGAAUGUUACCCCUAACCUGCCUAAUCUCUUUGAAAAUGCCGGCGAAUUCAAGUACAAGCAGAUCCCGAUCUCUGACCACUGGAGCCAAAAUCUGUCUCAGUUCUUUCCUGAGGCCAUCUCAUUUAUAGAUGAAGCACGCGGGAAGAACUGUGGUGUCCUAGUGCAUUGCUUAGCAGGGAUCAGCCGCUCGGUCACAGUGACGGUGGCCUACCUCAUGCAGAAGCUCAACUUGUCCAUGAACGAUGCCUACGAUAUCGUCAAGAUGAAGAAGUCCAACAUUUCACCCAACUUCAACUUCAUGGGUCAGCUGCUGGACUUUGAGCGGACUCUGGGGCUGAGCAGCCCCUGUGACAAUCGAGUGCCGAACCAGCAGCUGUACUUCACCACCCCUUCCAACCAGAACGUCUUCCAGGUGGAUUCCCUGCAGUCCACGUGAGCUCCCACUGCCUCCCUUCUCCUGUCUGUUUCAUGGGAUCACUCCUCAAUGGUUUCUCUUUGGCAGUGAUAAGGAAAACGCAGCUUUCUCUUUUUCUGGCCUCUGCGAUCGAAAAGCGGCUGCCAGCGCAGGCUAGGAAAGGUUACACAGUAUGGAAUCGGCUAUUGCGAAGGGAGGGAACACGGUGAGCUCUUUGGGAAGGACCGCGGUGACCAGGCAGCAGGUGGGCAGCACGCUCAUCCCUGCUUGCACAGCGGCUUGGGUCCGAGGACUUCCAGGGAGUUAGGGUAAGGCUGGACAGGCUGAGCACGUGUUCUCUAGAGACUGGAACUGUCCUGCUUCCCUCUCUGCUUUCGGAUCUGUGACACACAUCUCUGUCUUCAGUGAAGACUGGUUAUUUUUGUUUGUUUGUUUGUUUUGUUUAGAGGAGCCAAAGAAAGAGAUUUCAGCUUAGUGUAUUUGGAGUACUUGUUUGCCGGGAGCUCGGUAGUAUUCUACUUGAUCAAUGUAAAUAUUUAACCUUAAUUGGAUUUGCAAUUUUUUUGGAAUUCACAUGUAUUCAAGAAAUCAAUCCAAGGGACAUCUGUGUUUUUGUUCUCUUCAUAAAUUCUGCUUUGUUUGUUUGUUCUUUUUUUUUUUUAAUUGCAAAGAAUAUAUUUGCAGCAUGCUUAAUUUUAUUGUUCAACUGAAGCAAGCUUUCCAUGAGGGAGAAGUGGCAAUGGUGAGAAGUUUGCAAAUCAUGUUUUGUGAGCAAAUACAGUCUCUUCUUUCAUAUAUCUUUCUUUUCCUUGUGGUGAUUUUUUUUUUCUCACGCUCUUGAUGUAGUUUCCACAUGAUAUAUAUAUUUUUUUUUAAAUUAAAUUAAUUUUUUGCCUUACCUUUUGUAAAUAGAUCAUCUGGGAGGAGGUUUGUCUUUGAAUGCGAAAGAUUUUUGAUCACUUUUUAAAACUUUCAGAUGUGCUAAACAGUACAUUACCUCUGUACAAAUUCUUCAGGGAGCUUCACCUCAAAUGCAAUAUUUUGCGUCUUUCUUUUUUUCUUUUUUUUGUAUAAAACUGGAAGUAUGUGCGAGCAUUUGUACCUGUGUGUACGCACAGUGAACCUGCACAUGGUUGCCAAUAAGGGAGAGUCUAAUUCACGGUGUAAAAGUUUUAAGAUGGAAUUUAUUAUAAGAAUGUAAAACCUUAAAUUAUUAAUAAAUAAAUAACUAUUUUUGGCUAUUGA